UGGCCAUGAAACUUGGCCAACUAUCUUAUAAUUUCCUAAGCUUAGGUCAUGCAAAGUUUUAUUAAAAUUGGUCAAGUCUUUCUAUCCCAUUAGGUCCAAGGACACAGUCAUUGUCCUUUGGUUUUCGUUGUCUACGAAUAUAGUCCCUAGUGUGAACAGUGUAUAACUUGCAUUUUUUUUUGAUACACUUUCCCAAUUUAAUUCUUGAUAUUUUAUGCAUGAAAUAUUAAGUAAGAGGAUGAAAUUACAUGUUAAAAAAAAUUGGGUGCUGAAUCUUUAUGUUAAGUAGUGAUUUGGUCCAGUUAAAAAAGGUCAAAAAUUAGAAUGUCUGAAGCUGUCAAACUGAAUUUUAGCCCCCCUUAACACAAAAUUGUCAAUAUUUUGAGUUAGAGCUGGUAGAAGUUUCUAUAAUUUUGAUAUUAUUUGUAUCAAUAGUAGUACACUACACUGUAAAAAUCUUUUUGAGAUAGAGCAGGUGCGAUUUUUUAAAUUUGAAUUUAUUGUCUAAAAGAAAUGCACUACUAAAUAACUGUGUUCUCGGGCCUUUUAGAUGAAAAAACAUCUUCAACAAUAAUAAUUGAUUCCAAUUUUAAAAACAGUUAUCAAAACAGUAUUAUUAGACAGAAUUGCAGAGAGACUUUUAUCAAUUUUUACUUUUAAAAUUGUGUUAUCAUAUUUUAGUUGUAUAAAUUGAAUAUUAAACAACACAAAACAAGCAAAAAAUAAUUGUUUCAACUCCAAACAACUGCCACAAUGUCUUAUACUAAUGAACAUAAUUAUGCCUCGAAUUCUAACUAACUUUGUGUUGUUGGAAAUUAACCCUGCAUUUCAUUGCAGAAAUUUUUUUUUGGGUCUUCAACAUAUAUCUUGGGUGUUUCAAAGCAAUAAUAAAAUUCUGUCUGAUUUUCUAUAAAAUAUUUUGAAAAUUUAAGGGGACAUGGCUACUAAAGCUUAAAAGGGGGAGAGGAAUAUGAUUGGUUAACUUCUGGUGACGUUUACUAUCUUAUAUGCAAUGAAAAGUUAUGUUGUAUUUUCACUGUAGUACUGGACAGGAUGAGACUUGACUCAUGCCAAGUAUUUCUUUAUUUAAAACAAAGAUAAAUUCUGCACAAUUUAAAAAAAAAAAAGUCAAUUAAACAGAGACGUACAAGGGGAAAAACAAUGUUGGUAUUACCCUUUCAAACCAGCCUUCUAAUAAUGAAUUACAACUUUUCCUAAAGUAGCCAUAAUUUUCUAUAAAAGUAAAUGCGGUACUGCUAAAAAGGGCCUGAAGAUAAUGUCCACUUACUCCAAUGAUUCUUUAUAUGUCAUCAAGUACUGAUUAUAUUGAUACCAAAACCAAUCCAAUAUGUAACUACUACGGUGAGUUAUGAACAACAGUUUUAAAUGAAACCAUUUUCGUAUAAAAAUACAUUUUUGAAACAGACUAUAGCACUUCAAAAUAUGAAAAAUGUGUAAAUAUUUGUGUUUUAACAUUAAAAACUAUUCUUUAACUACAAAAUGUCAUGCCUAUUCUAAUUUUUAUAGUUUGCCAUUCGAGUGAACAUUUAAUGUUUGAAGAGGAUCAUUUCUGUUCAUUUUCACUGAAUUUGGUAAUUUCGAUAACAGCACUUGGGUCGAGAUUGUCAUGUUUAAAAAUCGAUAUUUGUAUCCAAACUCUAGACGUGUACGUGCUUCAUUCAAACAAAUCAGCAGAAGUUCAGAAAAUGACAUAUUCUCUCCACAGUAAGUCAAAAGUCGAGCCCACCCUUGUUUCUAAUAUAAAUCGCAAUACAAAUAUGAAACAGACUAUAGCUUAAAAACUAGUUGAUCAAUAAAUCAUUUGUCACCAAAAAAUACGGUUUCACAUCAAAUAUCAAGUAAAAUUAAUGUUUUUGGCACUUUUUGAGCACUAUGAUAAAGAAAUGUCAAUGUGACCCUCAUCCAGUCAAUGUGAUCCUUGUCCAGUCAAUGUGAUCCUUGUCCAGUCACGUUGUUAUUAUAGAUUGAACAUCUGUUAUUUGUAUUUCAUCCUUGUCCAGUCAAUUAGAUAAUUGUCCAGUCAAUGUAAACCUUGUCCAGUCAAUGUGAACAUUGUCCAGUCUAGUUGCUAUUAUAGGAUAUAAUGGAAAAUUGGAAUGAGAAACUUCUUGCAGAUGCUGGGAAUGGAGAUAUAGGUGCUUUAAAAUUAAGCCUAGAGAAUAAAGCAGACAUUGAUUAUCAAAAUGAGGAUGGAGAGACAGCAUUAAUGUUGGCCGCCAGGAGAGGACGACUGGAGGUCUGUAGACUUCUCAUUGAUACAGGAUGUAAGAUCGACAACACAGAUGGUGGUGGAUGGACAGCAUUAAUGUUGGCUGCCGGGGGAGGACACCUGGAGGUCUGUAGACUUCUCAUUGAUACAGGAUGUAAGAUCGACACCACAACAUCAGUAUGUUAUCUACUUAGUCUGAUCACAUUACUAUUAAUCAACACAAAAUCAUGUUGUUAAUCAGACAGUUUUAAUGAACAAAUAUUUGUAAUAAUUAUAUCAAGUGGGGUCUCAU